AUGGCGUCCUCCGAGAUUCACGUCGAGAAGUCCGCUGCCAGUCAUGUGGAAACCACGCUCGGCAGCGGUGCCAUUUACGAGGCCAAAUUGGCCUCUGACGAAGAGCACUCGCAAAGCCUGUGGCAGGCAUUGAGUGCAAAUCGGAAAGCAGUUGCAUGGUCUAUGCUUAUUUCACUUUCGAUUAUCAUGGAAGGUUAUGACCUCGUCUUGAUUGGCAAUUUCUUUGCCUAUCCAGAGUUCACCAAGAAAUAUGGUGUCGAUUACGGAGGCACUAUCGGAUGGCAGAUUCCAGCUCGGUGGCAGUCUGCUUUGAACAUGUCAAGUACAGUUGGAACAAUCUUUGGCGGCAUCCUGAACGGCUAUUUGACUUCAGUCGUCGGUUAUCGUUGGGUCAUGAUCGUUUCCCUCGGCCUCCUCAACGGCUUGCUCUUCAUCGUCUUCUUUGCGCCAUCAAACGGAGUCCUCGUUGCAGGCGAACUCCUCUGUGGUUUAGCCUGGGGCGUCUUCGCUAUUGUAGGUCCCGCUUAUGCAUCCGAAGUAUGCCCGACCAAUUUACGAGGUUAUCUCACCGUAUACGUCAACCUAUGCUGGGCAAUUGGACAGUUCAUUGCUGCCGGUGUUUUGCAAGGACUGGUGGGUAGACCCGACCAGUGGUCAUACCGCAUUCCAUUUGCGCUACAGUGGAUAUGGCCGCUACCUCUCAUGAUCGUCUGCUUCUUCGCCCCAGAAUCACCAUGGUACUUAGUUCGACAUGAUCGCCUAGAGGAAGCAAAACACUCAUUACAUCGUCUCGGUGGAAACAAAACAGAGGAACAAAUUAAUGGUCAACUGGCUAUGCUGGUACAUACCGCCAAGAUUGAGUCUUCUUUGGAGGUAGGAACCUCAUACUUUGAUUGUUUCAAGGGAACCGAUCUACGCCGAACCGAGAUCUGCUGUCUCGCGUUUGUCGGUCAGAUCAUGUCGGGUAGUUCAUUUGCCUAUUCGCCAAGCUAUUUCUUCACAACAGCUGGUAUGAGUACCAGUCACGCCUAUCAAUUGAACCUUGGUGGCACAGCGAUCGCCUUUCUGGGUACUCUUUGUUCCUGGUGGCUGAUCACGCACUUUGGUCGACGAACUCUAUAUGUUACUGGACAGGGAAUCCUCUGUGCGACUUUGUUUAUUAUUGGAAUAAUCAACGCCGCAACUAGCUCAAAAAGUGCUAUUUGGGUAGAGGCCGGCUUUUGCAUUUUCUGGCUCCUAGUCUAUUCAUUGACUGUCGGGCCAAUCGCCUAUGCAAUCGUGGCUGAGACAUCAUCAAUACGUUUACGCGCGUUGACAGUUUCCCUUGCUAGGGUGUCUUAUCAAAUCAUCAACAUUGUGAGCCAGGUUCUGGAACCAUACUUCAUGAACCCAACCGCAUGGAAUGCUUCAGGCAAGACGGGCUUCUUCUGGGGCGGCACUGCGCUUAUCAUUUUCAUUUGGUCGUACUUCCGCUUACCCGAAGCUAAAGGAAGAACAUAUGAGGAGCUUGAUAUUAUCUUUGCGAGGAAAGUCAGUGCGAGGAAGUUUGCGUCUCAGGAAGUGGAUGCCUAUGCUGCGCGAGAUGUCGUCAAUACAGAGAAGGAGUAG